AUGUCACUACUGGGAACGCCCAAACCGGAGUCAAAUGCAUUUGAACUCUCGUAUAUCACCACGAAAGAGCACUCGUUCAAGCAGAAUUCUGCCAAGUCCCUCAAUAGAAGAUACAAGACCGGAAAGCAGCUUCUUAGCGACGAGUCCAAGUACUUGCAAACCAAGAACCUUGCCAUUGAUACGCCUACAUACUUUUCCGUGCAAGCACCUCCAAGCCUCAAGCCACAGAAGCACUAUUGUGAUAUCACUGGCCUUCAUGGUAAGUACAAGUCGCCGCUGAACGCAUUAAGAUUCCAUAAUGUUGAGAUCUACCAAGAAGUAAUCAAGAACAUGGCUCCCGGAACGGAUCAGGAAUAUUUGAGUUUGAGAGGAGCAAAUGUGGUGUUGAAAUAA